UUUUAAUUUCGACUUUCCGACCGAAAACGAUACUUCUAUAGGUGAUUGCGUGUGCGUAUUUUUUACGAUCUCUAUGGAUCGAUUAAUUUUAUUUACGUCGAAAAUCGAUUAUUAAUAAUCGACUAGGUAAGUUGUAAAUUUAAAUAAUUUCCGCGAGUAAUGAAGAUGGGUUGCUUCGCCGCACUGCAGUUCAAUCGAUUUUCGUUCCGACUCAUUCCAGAUGUCGAUCACAGCGCAUUGAUUAAAGAAUAUAGCAACGAAAGGUAAUGACGAUGCAUCAUAGGAGGAAGAUUCCUACCUCAACAAAUACAAAGGAAAAGUAUACAAGAUCGGGAAGCAAGAUGUCGAAUGCCGUUAUUAGAGUGGGUCAGGCUAUCUAUUUGGCCGUCGACAGAUUCGUGUCUAUCGGAGAGGCAAUUGCGGAGGAUAAUCCAGAAAUCAAAAUUGACAUGUACGAAGUUUGCAGGGAUGCCAGAGCUGCGGGCGCAAUGAUAGAACAGUUGUGUGAAAUCUAUCAUCUGGAAAGUAGACACAGUUGUCCGAUCGCCGACAAGCACCAGAUGGUUCGAGCCGCUCGAUCUUUACUUUCGUCUGUGACUCGUGUUCUCUUGUUAACCGAUACUGUUGUUGUUAAGCAGUUACUUGGUGCCAAAGAUAGAGUGUCGAUAAGUUUAAACAGACUCGAAAACGUAGCAAAUUUUACCGAAUUUGUUAAAGCUUUCAGUCAUUUUGGUGCAGAAAUGGUUGAACUUGCUCGCUUGACAAGUCACAAACAAAAUGUUCUGAAAGAUGAACGGCAACGCUCUCAAAUGAUAGUGACUAAAAAAUUAUUAGAUCGCUCAGCCAUGAUGCUUUUAACUUCUUCAAAAGCUUGUCUUCGCCAUCCAGACUGCGAAACAGCCCGAGAAAACAGAGAUACGGUCUUCAUCCAGAUUAGAAGAGCAAUCGACCUUAUUCAUUUCAUUGUUAAAGAAGGAGUGAUACCAGAUCUAGCAACGGGAACGACAAAUGGAGAAUCAAACCAGAACGGCGGUUAUAGAUCUAUUUCAGGAAGUAUAUGGCAGGCAGAAGAACUAGAACAAUGUUUAACUGUUCACAAUGCAGUUAAAAAGUUUGAGGAAAUGAUUGAAAUGGGGCAUAUGACAUUGAUUGAUGUCAGCUACAGAACUCAGCUGAAUAAUGCUUUUGACGCUAUUGUAGAACGUACUCAAGACUUCACCGAUUCUGCCUAUACAACUCACGAACAUAGAGAAAAAAUUCUUUUACUGUGCGAUCGAAUUAAAAUCGAAUUAAGCCAGUUACUUAGAGAGGGUGAUAAUUUGGAUCAAGCCGGCACAACAUCACCAACGGAUAGACUGGAAACUUUUGUUUUUCAAACUCUACAAGCAACUAAAGAUCUUAGACAACAAUUGCAAGAUACAGCUCUGGAGCUUUCUGAUGAAUUGUUAAAACUAAGGAAUGAAACAAAUCUUCUUUGUAAAAUGAAACAUAUUUCUAUGACUGGCGAUUUUUCAAAAUUAGAAGAUUACACCGAUAAAUUUAAGGAACACGUAGAUUAUGUACAAGAAGUUUGCAAAAUGCUUCAUCACGUUGCAAUCACUGAAGCGCAACAGAUAUCAUCAAAAAGUAUAGAAUCUUGUUUGCAAGUUUAUGGCCCGCAGGUCAUGAGUGCUUGUUACACUCAUUGUCUGCAUCCAAAUAGUAAGAUUGCAAGAGAAAACUUAGACGUGUUUAUCGACGUGUGGCGAUCUCUCGUCAAUGACGUUACGAGUUUAGCCUACGAAAUCAAUGAAUAUUGUCAAGGCCAUAUACCAGUAUCUGCAUCUAAUACUUCACCACAAACUGAAAUAACAAUGACAACUCUUCCACCAGUAACAACAACCACAACAACAAUAACCACAACUACUACAACAACAACAAAUGUCAAUUCAAAAUCACCACAAUGCAUGAAACUUGAUGUGGAGGAGCAAGCCAGCAUUGCCAAAUUAGGUUUAGAAAUGAAGAUGUUAACAUCGGAGAUGGAUGCAGAAACUAAUAAAUGGCCCACGACCGAUAAUGAUAUCGUACGACGUGCUCGAAGUAUGUCGCAAAUGGCUUUUUCUAUGUAUCAGUUUACUAGGGGAGAAGGAGAACUUAAAACCACACAGGAUCUAUUUACUCAAGCAGAGUUUUUUGCGGAAGAAGCUAAUAAAUUUUAUAAAGUAGUUCGACAUUUUUCUUAUCAGGUUCCCGGAGAACCACCAAAGAAGGAGCUGCUUGAAUAUUUAGAUCGAGUCCCCACUUUUGUCCAACAGCUUCAAUUUACCGUCAAAAAUCCUACAGUUGGCAAAGCCGCUACAUUCACAAAAGUAGAUAAUGUGAUAAAAGAAACUAAAAAUCUAAUGAAUGCCAUUUCAAAGGUUGUAACUCAUUGUUUGGGAUGUGCAACAAAGUACAAUUUGGAUUUUUCCGGAGCGGGUUCAGACCGUUCUCGUCUAAUGGCUCAGUACAGAGGAGAGGGCGAAGAGUACGUAGACCCUAAUGCCGGGAUGCCACCCAAAGCGGGAGUUCAGAGCGCGUCGGAUCCGAACAUUUGACAAUUAGGGAUCGGCCCCCGGAGGGCCACGAGCGAACCCAGGCGCACCACCCGUGUGUCUUUCUUAACACUUUUGGGGGCAAAAUCCAAGCGAGAAUAGUAAAAUAUUUUAAUUAGUUUAAAAUAGUAAAAUAAUAUCUAGAUACAUACAUAUAUAUAAGUAUAUGUAUGUAUGUAUGUAUGUAUGUAUGUAUGUAUAUAUAUGCAUUUU